AACCCUUUUAUUUACUCUAAAUUCAAAACGUUUUAGACAUUACGUCAUCCGUUUUUUGAUUAAUUUUUUUAUGGAAAAAUCCGACAAAAAUGGAAGGUGAUUAUGAAGAAUUGUACAAAUGGAUCGAAGAACACACAAUAUCUAGACCCAAACGUAAUAUAAAUCGUGAUUUUGCAGACGCCGUGCCCCUCGUUGAAAUCUUAAAGCAUCAUUACCCCAAACUCGUCGAGCUGCACAACUACUGCCCCAAAAAUUCCUACUCGCAAAAAUUAAUCAACUGGGAAACACUCAACAACAAAGUACUGAAAAAAUUACAAAUCAAUCUAACGAAAAAACGAAUCGACCAGUUAUGCAAAGCCGAAAUGGGAGCAAUUGAGAGGCUUUUGCUAGAGAUAAAACAAAAAGUUGAGCAGAAAACAAGCGGUAACGAACAUUGUGAAGUUUUCUAUCUAGAAGGGCCAAACAAUGCUGUGGGGAAAUUACAAAACGGUACCCACAAAAAAAUGGUACCCAGCACCGUGGUUGAUAAAAUGCAAGCCCAGUUAGACGAAAAGUCUGAAGCUGUUAACAUUCUGAAAAACAAAGUCGACCAUCUUGAGAACUUGUUGAACAUUAAGGAAGAACGAAUCAAGGAUUUGAGCAUCCAGCUACAGACUAUUGUUAAUCAGUCGUCCAGACCGGAGUCCGCACAGGAGAGAGCAUCCAAGUUUUUCGGUUUUUUCCAGUCCAGUACCAUUUUACCAGAACCAAAUAAACACGAGCAGUAGUAAAAUAAUAUAAUGUAACAAACGUCACCAUAAGUGUGUACAAUUUUGUAAAUAGUUCGAAAUUAGCUUAUCUUUGAUC